AGAGUUGUUCAGCUUAAAUUCAGCUUAGAUUUUUGUUCGAGUGAAAAUAUAUUUUAUUAUUAACUUUUACUACUGCAGGACAGUACAGUUUAUCAAUCGAGAAAACAUAUACUAUAAACAAUAUGACAUCUCCGUAUCAGCAAUCUCUGGGAAGUCAACCUCAUCUGACAGUUCAUCAUCCACAACAUUACCCUCCUGCACAGACAAUGCCUCCUAUGAACAUGGUUCAACAGAAUCAAAACUUAGGACAAGUUGUUGCUCCCGAUGGACAGUCGGGAAUGGUGGAUCCUUCGGGUAAUGUCGGUCCUCCAGCUGGUGUGCCACCCAAUCAACCUGCACAGCCUCACAAAGACUUUAAUACAGCUUUACUCUGUAGAAUAGGUCAAGAAACUGUUCAAGAAAUUGUUACUAAAACUACAGAAUUGUUUCAGACUCUAAAGGUUCUCCAGCCUCCUAAUGGCACAGCACAGAGUUUAAGUUCUCUGGAUGAUAAAAAGAAUAAACUUCAGGAAAGUUUAAAAAGCAUUGGAAUGCUUUUUAAAAGACUAAGACGAAUUCAUGAAAAGUGUAAUGAAAAUUGUGCAACAGGAAUGGAAUAUACUCAUAUAGAAUUUUCUUCACAGAGUCUUAUUCCUAUGAAAGAUGAAAUAGACAAUAGACAAGAAGAUAGAAAAAUCUCAGAUACUGUAAAAUAUCUAUCAGAAGAACACAAAGAACUUGCUGAGCAAGUUGUUUUAAAAAAUAGGCAGCUGAAAGAGAUUAUGGACAGUCUAAGGAGUUUAAUUUGGGAUAUCAAUACAAUGUUAACUAUGAGAAAAUUAUGAUUUUAAUAAUUAUAAUGAUAGAUAUUAAGUUUUGUUUUUUGCUUUGAAAGAAACACUAUGUUUUAUAAAAUAUACAGUUAAUAUAAAUUUUUUGUACAUUUUUCUUUA